UAGCGUAAAUCGGACCUGAAGUCACUAGAAAGUUGCUGUCCAGAAUUUCGGGUAUGUCGAUGAACAUGAUUCCGACGAUUAACUCACUAACUUCAAUAUUCCAACACCGAACCUUCUCUAUGAUACCUUCCGGAUGUUCCUAAUAAUCGUUAGAGAGUUUAUGGUAAGUGUUUGGAAUGAAACAACAUGGAUAUGGUGAGGAAACAUAGCCAACCCGAGGAGCUCGUCACCACUGGCGUAGUCCCGGUAUUUUGGCCAUAUCUUCUUCGUUACUUAACGAAAUCGCGAGCCGUUUGUUGGGCUGGAUUCGUAUCGUCCGGGGCUACAACUUUGGUUCAAGAAGUAUUUCGAGAUAAUAAAUGGAAAAUUUCAGUUUUUACCUUAAAGUGGCUGCUGCGUUUUUGAGCUUAAGAUUUGGAAACCUUGAUACUUCUUCUUGUUUCUCCUUCUCCUUUCUUGGCUCAACAAUGGAGUUAGAGCUGGUUUUUCCUCCUUCUUGGACUACCAACAGAGAGAGAAAAUGGGAGAGGAAAGAUGAGAUGAUGGUGGUGGUGGUGGUGGAAGAUGAUAAUGAG